AUGGACCUCCUUUUCAGCACCAUCUCAACCGUCGCCAGCUUCCUUGGCACUGCCACCUCGCACACGCAGAAUGCUGUCCGGUCUGUGAAAUGGACCGAACUACCCAGUGAUGCCCAGCGCUUCUUCUCUCGCGUCGCUGGAGCCAGUACGAACUUCGUCUCUAUGCGCUGGGACGACCUACCGCAAAAGACCAAGGACUGGAUCAAAGCAAAUCCCUACCAGACCGCCUUCUACGUCGCCCAUGGUGUCGUCAUUGUCGCGCCUACACCCGUCACUGCUCCGUUGAUUGGAGCUGCGGGCCUAGCUAGUGCAAGCCCAGCCGCAGGCUCCGCGGCAGCAGCAAUCCAGACCGCUCUUACGACUGUUGGAACCAACAGCGUGGCACUGCGGACAGCUGUUACUACCGGCCAUGGUGCGCCGGCUAUUGCAGAUGGCCUGCAAGCUGCCAUAGCUAUCGGGACCGGAAUAUACGGGUUGUGGACGUACUUUGCGGGUGCCCCCAAGAAGGAGGAGCCCGUUGUCCAGCAGCCUGCGGGCGACCCUAAGAAAAUCAAGAAGAGCAAGACUGAGCCGAUCCAGCACAGCUCAGAGCCGGCGGCGUCGAAACGUGGUCUAUCGUCCUUCAGAGGCCUUUUCAAACUGAGGAGGCGAGAGACCGCGGCCUGA